UGCGUGAGUUAUGUGUGUACGGGCGUCAGAGCCAAGACACUGACUGCUAACUGUUUGCUCCUCUCCACAGGGCAACAUCUGUUCGUGAUGUCGAUGCUGAGACACAAACCAACUUGGAACUAAGACAAGGGAACCACGUCACACACAACAUGGUGGAUGCAAGGUUGACGCCGCUGUCAGCGAUGGGGUUGGACCGAGGGAGUCUGAUCCAUGACGGUCUCCGUCUCCAUGGUGGGGUCGUAUACCCAGGCAUCAGAGCACUGCCAGCGGACAAGAGUCGAGAGACGCCCGCCCACACCCUCACUUAUAACCGGGAUGGUCUCCCAGAGCUCAUCUAUAAACCUGAUGGCCCCUUGGACAGUCGUAAGCCCACUAAUGGAUACCUGGGCCUGUACAAGGGCACUCCUCCAGGCCUCCACAAACCGUUGCUGCUUCAUGGCGCUGAAGGCCUCGGCUUGGAACGCAGAUUAGGGCCGGGAGAAAAGGCCUCUGAACUGGGCUUGGCGGGGGCUGGUGGCAGCUACCUGCGCCUGCCUUGGCUCAGCCCCUAUCCUGAAGCCAGCAUGUAUCCCUUCAUGGACACAUCCAAGUACGCAGCUCUAAACAUGUACAAAGCCUCCUUGCUUAGCCAGCCUAACCCCUAUCUUGCCCAGCACCUGGCAUACCCAUCUCUGUGUGCAUCCCAGGGGGGCAAUGUUAACCCUGCUGCUGCCGUGUCCGCUGCUGAGAGGCUCUACUACAUGCCCCCCUAUCCUCCUUCCCCUAUCUCUUCCCCCUUGGUGGCGCCCCCUAUGAGGAUUCCUACUGUGACAGUGGCCCCCACACCCAUGGUUCACUGUCAGGACAAGGGGCUUGCUGUUGCAUCUCAGUUUACACAGCAACUACACCAGCCUUCCCCUCAUCCGCAGCAUCAUCAGGCUGCCAUGGACAGAGACCGGUCGCCUAGCCGAGGCAGCAGACCAAGCAGACCUCCCUCCAGGAAGGGCUCUAGCAACAACAGUAACACUACUGGCACUAAUAGUGGGAAUAAUAAUAAUAGUCAGCCGUCCGAUUCUUCUCCUCAUGCAUCCUCUCGCCUUCCCCAGCCUCCCCCUCCUCCUGCCCUUAUUGACAACUCACUGGAUUUACAACGCCCAGUUGCUCGAAUAGGACACCCACCCACCUCUUCCACCUCUUCAAUAUCUGUCUCGUCCUCAUCCGCGCAGUCCAUUCCUCAUCCAUUUUCUGUAAGCAGCAUGGCAUCAGAGCAGCCCUCUCCUGCCCGGUCCAGCUCCCAUAAGUCAAGGCCAAGAGAUGGGGCACCUGAGCACAGAAAUGCAGGGGUUGAGCGGAGACCCAGCAGGUCACCCUCCAAACCCAAUUUUGAGAGGCCAGCUCACCAACCUCAAGCAACCAAAGACUCUGCAGAGAAGCCCUUGGAUUUGUCUGGAAGAUUGCUGGAGUUUGGGUUGCCUCCCAAUGGAUAUCCAGUCAAGAUGGACGCUUUAGGAUCCGGCCCACGUUAUGGACUGCCCCCUAGCCGAGAGCUCUUAAAGGACAAAAAACUAUCCCUCUCUCCUUCCUCCCACCCACACUCUGUGGUCAGCAGCACUUCUACUAAGGUCCCAGAAAGGCCAGAAAUGAUAAGCACUUUACACUCUUCUUGGGUUGUACCUAGCCCAUCUCCAUCCCGAACACAGCACACACCAGGCUUGCCCCCCUCCCCAAGGCCUAACACAGACCUGGGCCUUUCUCAAGCCAAAGGCUCCUCCCCCUCUGUCAUUAAACACAAGGGUCUUGAGAGAGUACUCCCUCAGCAACGUAGCUCGUCCUGUCCAAGGACAGGGGAGUCCAACCUAAAUGUCUCCUCCACUCAACACUCCUCUCUAGUCAGCAACAGGGCUCCUUCUCCAAAGCCCAACGGCGAGUGGGUCAAACACAGUCCUAGCCAGUCAGAACACCAAGGCCACCACAGAGAGGGAACAGAGAAGUCCUCCCAGACCACUAAGAGAGGUGAAACAACUCCAGAACUGUCAUCGUACAAGAGGCCCUGUUUAGAGAAUGGUCACACCCCAGGCCACCUUUACCUUCCUCAAAGUGACGCUUACCUGAACCACAGUUUGGCCUAUGCCAAUAGAUACUUGCACUACCCCAUCCCCGAUGGCAUGGCACUACACUCCUUGCCAAUUGCAGGGAAAGGCCCAGUCUAUCCUCACCCAGUAUUGCUGGGCAGCAACAGCCUUUACCCAACCCAUUUGGCAGCGAAACACCCUUUACCCUACCACAACCUCGCAGCUGGUGCAGGAGGGGAAUACCUCACUUAUAACUCACAGGAGAUGGCCCAUCCCCUGAUGCAAACACACUCAGACAAGCUGGCAGAAAGGGGAGAUGCAACCUUGAAGCCCCGGGGACAGGAGAAAUCCCGGGGGAUUGUUGAAGAAUGCGUGGGACACAAAGAUCACAGCGUUGGGAAAGAGAAUGGCAAAGGAAGCCAAAUUAAGUCUGAUAGGGAAGCAGGAGGACAAGGACAUGGUGGCAAUCAAAGCAAACACCCCUCUUCUUCUGGAACAUCCAGAGAAAAGAUUGUCUGCAUUGACCUUGUACACUCAGACACAGAUAUUGAGUCUUCCCCAACAGUCAACAAACAGCCUUCUGCUGAAAACAUCAGCAAGGUUAACCAAAAUGAAUGUUGUCAUAGUAACCAAAAUUUGACAAAGACUGAGUACGAGCCAAAACACCAACACCGCCUUUCCCAUCCUUAUCCGAUCCACUCUGGGCACAGCCCAACCCUGAAGUCCAAUCACACCGAAAGACAGCCAGAUACUCCCUUUGGGAAACCAAAGACUUUGCAGGACAUGGGCGGUCCCGGGGCGAAGUCCAGCACAUUUCCGACCUCUCCAGGGAAUUUCGCCCAAGCCGAGCAUAGCCCAGAGGUGCGGAGUCCCAGCCCAGACCCUGACGACCAAGACCAGAGCACUUUGCGCUGUGCCCGGACAUCUGGGGAGCGCAGCUCUGGUAAGGACAAACGGGAAAGAGACAGUCGAGCUCCUCGCGUGUCUCAGCAUUGCACCGAUGUGGUGAAGGAGGAGAGAACGUGUGAGGGGGAGACCGAAAAGGAAGACAGUAUUGUUGACCUAGGGGAGUCUCAAGGAGAAGGGGACGACGAUGACGACGACGACGACGACGACUACUACGAAGUCGAUGGCCUGACGUCCCCUAAAGGCUCUCGCAGAUCCAGUCUGGCCAAGAGGAUUGCUAACUCCUCAGGCUACGUUGGAGACCGCUUUAAAUGUGUUACUACUGAGCUGUAUGCUGACUCCAGCAAGCUGAGCCGUGAACAGAGAGCCCUGCAAAUGGAAGUCAUAUCACGAGAGGGGAGUAAUAUAAGUCAACCUGCAGCUAACUGGGAGCGGGCAAUGAUGCGGUUCUCGGAGCUGGAGCUGAAAGAGAAAGAGGGCGGCGGUGUGUGCGUGUCUGCCUCGAGCGCAGCGGCAGCAGGACGGGAGCUGGCAGACGGCCAGCGGAGAGAGCGAGUGCUGGAACACUGCCAACACACCACCAGGCCGGGAGAGAGGGGAGGGUCUGUAUUUGCAGACGAGCGAGAGCAGCCGGUCCCUGAAGACGACGACGACGACGAGGUCCGGAAGCUCAAAGUCUGCAUCGAGCUGAAGGGGCUGCGGCUCAGCAAGCCCGCUGCCGGCGCCGCCUCUCCCGACGGGCCCCUGAUCAAACAGGAGAGGGCGUGGGCCCUGCCGCGGCUGGCGGCCCCGUUCCAGAGCCAGCGGGAUCGCAAGAUCCGGCCCGGCGAGCCGGACGCCGCGGCGGCCCACAGAGCCGAGAUCAACAGGAAAUGGGGCUGCGAGAAGCUGCUUAAUGGUAAGAAUGAGCCGUCAGCAGAGUUCAUCUCGGGUAACGGAAAUCUAUCCUUGGCUCACCCCUCCCACAGGAACUGUAAAGCGGAAGGCCUGUUUGCGUGCGCGUCUGUCCCGCUCAGGCUUGCGCGUUUGGUCUGGCUCCCCCCCCCCUCUAAACCCCUCCCUCCCUCUGUGUUGGCUGCCUCUCUUCAGGAGGUGGUGCUGUACUGUCUGGAGAACCGAGUCUGCGAGGUGAAUCACCGGGACUACGCCGGCUACUGCGCUCUCCACGAGGCGUGCGCCCGCGGCUGGCUCACCAUCGUCCAGCACCUGCUGGACUACGGGGCCGACAUCAACUGCAGCGCGCAGGACGGCACCAGGCCGAUUCACGACGCCGUGGAGAACGACCACCUGGACGUCGUGCGCGUCUUGCUGUCCUACGGCGCCGACCCCACCCUGGCCACGUACUCUGGCCGCGGGCUGCUGAAGAUGACCCACAGCGACGGCAUGGAGCGCUUCCUCUCCGAUUAUUUUUCCGACCUUCAGGGGCGCGCCGAUGACGACCCGGGGCUUUAUUGGGAGUUCUAUGGCAGCGCCGUGUGUGAGUUGAGCGAGGAGGGCGGUGUCUAUGACAUCCUGGCCGAUGCCCCGGGCCCGGAGGACGAGGAAGAGGACGACAAAAGAGAGGUGUUCGAGUUUGAGUUCUCUGACCGACCUCUGCUGCCGUGCUACAACAUCCAGGUGUCCCUCUCUCAGGGGCCGAGGAACUGGCUGCUUCUGUCCGACGUCCUGCGCCGAAUGCGGAUGUCGGGUCGCGGCUUCCGAACGGCGUUCCCCCACAUGGAGGUGGUGACGGUGGCCGAGGCCGAGUUCUACCGACAGGCCUCCCUGUCGCAGCUCUUCUCCUGCCCGGAGGAGCUGGAGGGCUUCCACGCGGACAGCAAGGACCUGCUGGACCUGGUGGAGGACAGCGGCGAGCUGGCCGCCCUGCUGGGCUCCACGCUGGAGUGUCUGGACGACCGCUGGGACCGCCGUGGGGACAGGCUGAAGGACAAAAUCAAGGCCAUCCACAAGGUGGGCUCGUCCUGACCCCCCGGCGCCGGCAAAAACAGGACCCUUGAUCCUUGAUCCACCGGCUGCAGUCUGCCGCAGAAGCACCCGGCGGCCGCGAUGACGCGCCUCGCGCUCCGGCCCGCUCUGGACCAGCACUGUACAGAUGGACCGACCUGCUGGCUGAUCGGGCUGCGGAAACGUGGUCCUCUGUUAACGGAGGACCAACACAUUAGUGACUGAAUAGACUUGAUAAUGGUCUUAUUUUUCUAAAUUAAUAUAUGUAUAAAUAAUAAAUAAAUAAAUAUAAAUAUAUAUAUAUAUAAAUAAAUAAAAUAUCAAGCUUUUCUUUUGGAUGUUGCUCACGACUCCUCUGAAAGAUUUUGUACAGCAACAGAGUGCGGUGGUGUUGUCGGCGAGCGUGCAGCACAUCGUGCAUGCGUGCGUCUGUACAGGAUAGUACUGGGACUGUGCUAUUGAAUGUGGUAUUUGUGUUUAUAGAAAGCACAUGAUGUCCUGUUUUUUUCUUUCCCCUCCUCAGACUUCAGCGCUGGCUUGAGCCUCAGGGGCCGUUCUGUUGUAUCUUCUUUAGGUUCCAGUUUUGCUUCCUGUUAAGUCUGUAAUUUAACAUGCAAAACUACUCUACUGUUUGUAUAAUAAAGUUUUAAGAUAAUGUUGAUAUUUACCCUUCGGCACAGAGCUUGUAUAUAACAGGGAGGCUACUGCAGUAAAGUAUUCUUUUCUUUUUUGUGUUCAUUUUUUGUUUCAACUUUGUAAUUAAAUAUCUCAUAAUUUGUAUUUAUAUUUUACAAAAGAAGUUGCUUUAAAAUAAAUAUACAAACUGCAAGAUGA